AUGGAAGAUUUGUUUGUGACAUUUGUGGGGAUUCUUCUCUUAGACCUGAAGAGGGAAGACCAUGUUCUUGAAGCUAGAUGGAAAGGUACUGCUCAUGAUGCUCGAAUCUUUGAUCAUGCUCUCACAACUUCUAACAUGAAUUUUCCACACCCUCCUAAAGACCCAGCCCAUAAGGCAUGCCCUUCCUUCCUUCUCUCUCCACAGCAAAGUGAGAAAGUGUUGCUGUGUUGCAGAGCACAAGAGGUGGCGGUGGCUGCAAGGAAAACCAUUCAAAUAGCUUCCGCUGCCACCAGAACCCUCCUCUCUCGUCGAUCUUCAUGUCCCACUAAGCUCAAUGGACUUGCCUUUUCUUAUUCUUCUCCUCAGAAACGUGCCCUCUCUUUUUCCCGGCUUCCGGUGCUGUUGGUUGGUGCGCAAGUGUCUUUGACGCCGUUGCAUAGUGCUACUGCCUCUGCCAUGUUCACUUCUCUGCUUUCUCUGCAUAACACUAACUGGGGUUGUCUUUCAGAAGGUUUUGCAACAACUCUAUAACAUGCAAAUGAUACUUCCAGAUACCAUUAGGUGCAGGUUUUGUUUCAGUACUUGUUUCUAGUAGGUUCUGCCAUUAAUUAAUAAUGUAAAUUGAUUAAUUUUUCUCUAUCUUUUGAGAGUUGAGACUGUCACAAUGUGUUGUUGUCCUGCUGACAUUUACGAGGUGAUUGUGCUGUUCAAGCUUUUGGAAAGAUCAGUCUAUUCAAGAUAGUAUAUAGUUAACCCUUCAAUUUGGGAAAAAUUUCCUUGUAAAAUGUAUGCCAGAUUUUGAAGUGGUUUUAUUUUGCAUGAAUCUUCAAUUGAAUUUUUUAUUAUGUCAUGUGAUCUCCUUUUGUCA